AUGAAGAAGGAAAAGCUGGACAAGCAUAGCCAAGAUGGCAAAGAUGUUACGGGCGGCAAGGGAGACAAGAAAACCGCCGGCCCUGGCCCCUCAUCAUCUACUGGCCCAUCUCCUCUCACGGCUCAAGAUAAAAAGUACCUCUCCGAGAACUCUAUCACUCUGCUUCCACCUCUUUACCCUCCUGCACUCUCGAUCCCUUCGCUCCCGAUCAACUCCUCGCUUCUCAAUUUCUUGAGCAAAUUUGAGCGUCCGACGCCUAUUCAAGCUUGUACUUGGUCAGCUUUGCUCGAUGGAAGAGACGUCGUGGGGAUCGCCGAGACGGGCAGUGGGAAGACAUUAUCAUUCGCCAUACCUGCGCUCCAUCGUAAAGGGAAAAUCAGUGGAUCAGGAGAAGGAGGCAAGAUUCAAGUACUUGUCCUUGCGCCAACUCGUGAACUUGCUCAACAAUCCCACGAGACUUUCCUCGAGGCUGGCGCCAAAGUCAAUAUCAAGAGCACGUGUAUCUUCGGUGGAGUAGGCAAGGAUGGGCAAUACAAGGAUUUGCGUGACCCAAAUGUCAGAGUGGUAGUCGGAACGCCAGGAAGAACACUGGACCUGGCGGAUGCUGGGGAUCUGGAUUUAUCCAACGUCAAUUACCUCGUCCUUGAUGAGGCUGAUCGUAUGCUCGACCAAGGAUUCGAAAAUGACAUCAGGAGAAUCAUCGCCCAUUGCCCGGGCAGCGAGUCGAGACAGACAGUCAUGUUUUCCGCUACGUGGCCCGAAUCUGUCCGUCGACUCGCCAGUUCCUUCUUGCGAGAUCCCAUUCGAGUCACUGUUGGAAGUGAUGAGCUCAGUGCCAACAAGCGCAUAGAGCAGAUAGUCGAGGUGCUCGAUGACAACAGGCAGAAAGACGCUCGAAUGCUCCAUCACCUCAAAGCGCAUCUCAAAGCCCAUCCUUCCUCUGCUGCUUCUCCCACACGCAUUCUCGUCUUUGCUCUUUACAAGAAAGAAGCUCAGCGUCUCGAAUACACUAUCGGUCGUGCGGGGUAUACCAUCGCCGGGCUACAUGGUGAUUUGAGCCAGGAUGCAAGGUUUAAAGCGCUUGACAAAUUCAAAUCGGGUCAAGUGAAUGUCUUGGUGGCUACAGACGUAGCGGCGAGAGGGUUGGAUAUCCCUGAUGUCGGAUUGGUGCUCAAUGUCACUUUCCCAUUGACGACGGAGGACUUUGUCCAUCGGUGUGGUCGAACAGGUCGUGCUGGUAAAUCUGGACGAGCUGUGACGUUUUUCACUGGCGAAGGGCAUGAGAAGGCACUAGCUGGAGAGUUGAUGCGGGUGCUGAGAGACGCAGGAGCAGAGAUCCCUCAAGAGAUGAAUCGAUUCCCAACGACCAUCAAGAAGAAGGAGCACGGAUCAUACGGUGCAUUUUACAAAAAUAUUUCGGAUGCACCUGCACCUACCAAGAUCAAGUUCGACUAG